AUGGAGAGAAACACGCAGAAAAUGAAGAGCUCAGCAAUUUUUCCAAGAGGCUCCACUGUCCUACUAGUCAUUCUCCUUUCAACAAUUUGCUUGGCCACAGAAGCUCAGCAAUGCCGUCCAAGCGGCAGAAUUAGAGGAAGGCAGCCUCCUCCUGGACAGUGCAACCAGGAGAACGACUCUGAAUGCUGUGUAGAAGGCAAAAUGUACCCAACCUACCGAUGCUCGCCCCCAUUGUCCCGGCAUACCAAGGCCUACCUCACUCUCAACAGCUUUGAGGCAGGUGGAGAUGGGGGCGGUCCAUCAGAAUGUGACAACAAAUACCACAAUGACAGCAACCGAGUUGUGGCUUUGUCCACUGGAUGGUACAACAAUGGAGGAAGGUGCCAUAACCACAUCAGAAUUAAUGGUAACGGGCGCAGUGUGGUGGCCAUGGUGGUGGAUGAGUGUGACUCUAUGGAGGGAUGUGAUGUGGAUCAUGAUUAUCAACCUCCAUGUCCAAACAACAUUGUUGAUGCCUCAAAGGCUGUUUGGGAAGCAUUGGGUGUGCCUCGAGACCAAUGGGGUGGCUUAGAUAUCACAUGGUCUGAUGCUUAG